UUUCAACAACACUUCUUAACAGAAAUUUGCUAUCAUCAAUUCACCAUGCCUCGAGGACCGAGAACCGUGAUCAUGCGCCCACGUGGAUCGACUGUCCACAUGCGCCGCCGCAUACUAGGAGCCGGCUUAUCCAAUUCCUUCUCCUCUGGCGUGGGCGGAGGAGCAUCAGGUAGCAACAUGCUGAGGUUUUACACGGACGAUGCUCCGGGACCGAAGAUCAGGCCCCAGGUCGUCAUUGUCAUGAGCUUCUGCUUCAUCGGCUUUGAUACUGCGCUUCAUAUCUUCAGCAGUUCUAUCGCUACAAAUCUAGACCUGGUGCCUGAUACUCACGGAUGUUCAGUUCACAUGUUCGGAUCCCCGAAUUCGAAGCAGCUUGUUUAGUAAAAUAGGUAUUUCGGUGAGCCAGUGUGCCACGUUAGGUUUUUAGCUUUUGUAGAAGUUUCUAACUCCUGGAGG